GAUGACCUUCCAUAUAAGACUACUACUUAUACUGUUACUAUAUUAUCCUGUGUCUUGUUUCAUCAUCGAUCGUUACGAUAGCGAUUUUCAGACGGUUGAUUUUUCCAAUGGAAUAGCAUUCCUUGGAAAUGAUUUAGUUGAUACUUAUAAUACUCUACUAGUCUACGUUCAUGAUAAGUAUCAAUCUAAAGAGGACUUCUUAAUAUCAUGUAUAUCCAAUACAACUCUUGCUGGUCUUUGCCAACAUUUUUCCAUAAAUGAUCUAAAGCCAUUCAACAGCUUUAGAUCAACUUCAAUAUUCAACACAAAGGUUGGCUAUGGCAAGCCAUUCGGCCUUGUUAUUGGAGUUGAUAAUUUCACAAAAACUGGAGUAUUGACAUCUUCAACAGUAGAAGGAAUGAAUGAAAAAGACAUUUCAAACCUAGCAAGUGUUUUUAUUGCCGGAAGAGAACCUGAAAAAUUAAUACCAUACGAUUUGAGUGGAGGCUCAGUCAUAUAUGAAAAGAUACUAAAGACAGCUUCUUUAUACUCACUCGAAAAACGUUUCCACAACAUGACAUUUUUCGACGGUUUUGCCUAUUCAAACUUCAUCUUUUUUUUCGGUUUGAAUAAUUCAAAUGAAGAUGGAUUCGCUGCAAGCUUUUGCGGUCAGGAUAAAGUUUUUAAUAGUUUAAAGCUUUGGAGAGUAGCCUGCAACGGAACAAAUGGCGUUGAAUAUCGAAAAUUAAAUGCUAUCCACCUUGAAGGGAAUAUCGUCUACGGUAUCUUUACUGAUCGAAGAGACAGUGUUAUUUGUUCUACAGACAUCUCCAACUUGAUUUUUAAGGAAAAUGAUCAAAAGUGUGUCGGAUUAACUGACAGUAUUUGUAAAAAGAAAGAUUGGACUAAAUAUUGUCCUAGUGCUACAGAUUUUAGUCUUGACAAUGGUGUUUAUUUGACGGAGAAAUUUUCAUAUUUCGGACAGCGGGCGUUUCUUGAUGGAAAAAUUGCAGUUAGUUUCGUACUUGAGAAGAAACCGUCGUUUACCGCAGCCUUUGUGGGCUUAGAAGAUGGUGCUGUAGCAAAAGUAGAGAUUCUUAACUCAGCAAUGUCUACACCGUAUUCUAUAAGGCAACUGCCAGAAUCGGGAAAAGUUCUUAGAAGAAUGUAUUUGAAUGAGAAUUAUCUCAUCAUUCCUUCCGAAAAAGGCAUUUAUAAAGCUAAAUUGAGUAAUUGUGAAAACUACAAAACCUGUGAAGAAUGCCACCUGGCAAAAGAUCCACAUUGUGGGUGGUGCUUACCCUCAACAGCAUGCACAACACAGUCUUCGUGUCCUGUGUCUUCGUGGACGCCUUAUAAACAAAACAUUUGUCCAGAAACUGUUAUCCGUCCGGCAAAAGUGAGUUGGAAUGAUUUAAAGGAUGUAGAAUUGGAGUUGAAUUUACCACUGCCAAACAAACCCAGUGAUGUUUAUGAAUGUUUGUAUGACAACUUUCAGUCAGUUGAAGCCAUUCUUCGAUCCGAUUCGAAAACAAUCGUCUGUAAAGAUUUUCCCGAAGUUAAAGAAUUCCCUUCAACUAAUUUUACAAGGCGUUUGGACAUUCGCCAUAAGAAUUUUAACAAGAUAAUAGUGUCUAAUUUUAUACAGAUUUAUAAUUGCAGUACUUUGGAAUCAUGCUCAGCAUGUUCAAAUUCUUCUAUGGAAUACGGAUGGAAUUGUAGAUUUUGUCUGGAUACACCAUCAUGUGUUUCUCAAUCAACUAUAAGCUCUUGUGAAGAACCCACUGAAUAUUUAAAAAAUCAGUGGCGCUGUCCAAGGAUAACAACGUCAGAACGUGUUGUCUACAGAAUCGAAAAUGUUGCGUCGGACGUCAAAGUGCCGUAUCAAUUCGCACCAAAGAGAAACAACGUAAAAUACGAAUGUAUUUUCCGAGAAGGAGAUGAAGUGAUGAGAUUGUCAGCCACAAAAGAAGAUGACGGUAUUGUUUGCAAAGAUUUGAUGUAUCGUCUACCGAAGUCAAUUCCCAGUAUGAAUGUCAAACUGGAGAUCGUUUGGGACGGAAGGCAAUAUUUUAUCGAUUCGCAAAUAGUCCAAUUUUACGAUUGUUCCGCAUUGGCCAAAGAUUGUAGCCAAUGCUUCAAACGUGGCGAGGGUCCUUACAACUGUAGCUGGCACGCUGAUUCUCAUUCUUGUAGACCUUGGUCUGAAAACAAUCCGAGUGUGAAAGACUGUCCAAAUCCAGUAAUAGGAUCGGUCCAACCUCCAUGGGUACCUUACAACUCAGUCGCCAGUAUAACCAUAAAAGGGUCGAAUAUGGGAAUAGAAAAGUCGGACAUAAAAUCUAUUAACGUUGCGGGUACAAUCUGUGUCGUAGUCGAUUACGACGUGGCAGAGAAGAUUAUCUGCGAACUGCAGCCGAAUAUUCCAGGACCGAAAUCAGGAAAUGUUACAAUUCAGUUUAAGGAUAGCAAAUUUGCUGUAUGGAAAUUAUUUAAUUUUGUAAGGACAAUUAUUACGAAAGUCGAUCCUUUAUUAAUGCCACUUGCCGGAGGAACGUUAAUUACACUACAGGGCCGCAACAUUUUUUCUCCUAACGCCACAAGCGUCUAUUUUGGUACAGACGGCAGAGAACUCGACUGUAGCUUGACAAGUCAACAUUUCCAAGCUGAUUUAUUGACAUGUCGUACUUUGCCGUUUAAAAGUGUACCGACGACACUUCCAAAGGUCUUCGUUAAGGUUCAUCAAGCAGUAACAUUUCUCAUCGUUAACUUUACUGUAACCGGAAAUCCUAAUGUUACUGGUAUCGGUCCGUUAGAAAUAUUUCCAUCUGGCGGUAGACUAAUAGCUGUUCACGGUACCAACUUCCUGUCCAUUGUAAAGCCGAUUUUGAAGAUCGUUGGGCCUAAUAAUUAUACAUCGGAGGAGGCGAUUUUAACGAAUAAAACAGACUCGAGAUUAUUAUUCAAAUCGCCUUUAAUACCGGAAUAUUUCACCCAAUCAAAUAGAAAGAGACGUUCAAGUUCGAAAUUAUAUCCAAGUGUUACUUUGGAUAGUAUAACAACUUAUGAAAAUUUCUUUCAAAAUAUGGAUGCUCAAUCGUUUACAAUAUGCCCUGAUCCUGUAUUUAGAGCGUUUGAAGACGAGAAAGUUUCAAUAUCCAGAAACAAUUUAGAUGGAGAUUUAGUUCUUAAAGGGGAGAAUUUACAAUGCGCGUCUAAAGCCGAGGAAAUUUUGGUUAAAAUACGUAAUACUCAGUGUAAAGUAACCACAGUUGGUAAAGAGAACAUUGUAUGCAAAUUACCUGACAAUUUGGAGAAAUUAUUAGAAAGGGAAGCUUACGUCACGGUGAGCAUUGGUUAUCUAAAUUAUACAUUGGGGAGAGUUGAUAUCGAAGAAAGCUCUGGUACAAACAUGCCACUGCCACUAGAAGCUUUAUUGAGUAUAUCAGCAGUUGUCGGAUUCAUCGUUGUAGUCGCUCUAAUCGUCGGUAUAAUCUAUAGAAGAAAAGCUUGGAAAGCUAAACAAGAAUGCAAGAAUAUGAAUAUCCAGUUGGAAACGUUGGAGAGUAGCGUAAGAAACACCUGUAGAAGAGCCUUCACAGAAUUACAAACUGACAUGACCGAUUUGACAUCUGACGUCCAUCCAGCCAUUUCACUUCCCUUCGUCGAUUACAAACAAUAUACAAUAAACGUCCUUUUCCCGAGUAUUAUCUAUGACGGUGAAAACGCUGUAUUAAAGAAGGAAAAAAUCCAUCACGCCAAAAAGCCAGCUCUGGAUAAAUUUAACCAGUUAUUGAGCUGCAAACAAUUUUUAUUAAUACUUAUAAAGACGUUAGAAGCUCAUAAGAAUUUCACAGUAACUGAAAAAGCACAGCUAGCGUCUCUUUUAAUGGUUGUCUUACAGGAUAAAAUGGAAUACGCUACAGAAAUUAUGAAGACUUUAAUAAAUGAUUUAAUUGAUAAAUACGUUGAAAAGAAAUCUGUUAAACUUCUAUUUAGACGCACUGAAGGAGUCGUUGAAAAACUAAUCACAAACUGGUUGUCUCUCUGCUUUUAUUCCUAUUUGAAAGAAAAAUCGGGAAAAGCUUUAUACACAUUAUUCAUGGCUAUUAAACAUCAAACGGAAAAAGGACCAGUGGACGCGAUUACUGGAGAAGCCCUUUACUCUUUAUCCGAGGAUAAACUAUUAAGGGUUAGAGAACUGGAAGAUAAUAUGCCAGAGACUCUUCAUGUAUUGGUUAUAGAAACGAAUCAAAUAGCCAACAGCAAUCGUAAAGUGGUUUCGAAGGAUUUUCUCCCAGUCAGGGUUCUCCAGUGCGACUCUGUCACGCAAGCAAAAAUGAAGAUGCUGGACAUGAUUUAUAAAGGGCAGUGCUACUCGGCCAGACCUAACGUUCACGAUUGCGAACUUGAAGUGAUUAUAGCAGAUGAUAACGGAAGGAACACAUUGACAAGGAAACGUCUCUAUGAUGAGGAUAAAACGAGUAAAAUUGAAGAUGGACUAAAACGUUUGAAUACAAUGGCGCAUUACGGUAUCUCUAACAACUGUAGUUUCGAACUAGUUGUAGUCAGGGUUCCCGACAAUGCAGACGAGGGAACAAUCAGAAGAAUUCAUGGUAGAUUGCAAUUAUUUUCCGGCGCGUCACCUGGGCUUUCGUCACAUAUGUUGGCUUUAGAUGAAGAAAAUUAUAAAGUCUUUCAUCUGUCAGCUCCGAAUGACGAUACUUUACCAACUAGAGGGCCAAGGGUCAUAUCAGAAUUAUUUUUAACAAGACUACUAACAACGAAGGGUACUUUGCACAAGUUUAUUCACGACCUCUUUCGGACUAUUCUAUCUGUCGAUCAAGGCUUUCCACCAUGCUUAAAAUACCUUUUUGAUAUGUUGGACGCUGCCGCUCGGCGUCACAAUAUCAAUGACACUGAUACAAUUCACACUUGGAAGAGUAACGCGUACCUUUUGCGUUUUUGGGUAAAUGUUGUCAAGAAUCCAGACUUUGUGUUUGAUAUCAACAAAUCGAUAACGGUCGAUUCUUGUCUGUCUGUAAUCGCUCAGACAUUAAUGGACGCUUGCAGUACGUCAGAAAUCAAAUUGGGUAAGGACAGUCCAACAAAUAAGUUGUUGUUUGCGAGAGACAUGGCAGAUUAUAAGAAAAUGGUUGAAAAAUUUUAUUAUUCCGUCUCGGAGAUGGCUAGCAUCGACGAGAAUCAGAUGGCUCUAACAAUGCUUGACUUUUCCAUGGCGAACUUUGCAGAACUGAAUAUAUCGCAAGCGUUGUAUUCUCUAUACAAAUAUGCUUCAACUUACCGUGUGGAAUUAUUGGAAAGUUUACAUCACGAUUCAACAGCUAAGAAGAUGAGACUAGCAGAGAAAUUCCAACAAGUACUCGACGAAAUCGAUAAUCCAAAUGAUUUGUUAAUGUUUUGA